AUGUUAGAAGGGUAUAUUAAAGGCAAGAACGAGAAAGAAAAUAAACAAAAACAAUUAGACCAGCAAUUACCUUUAACUACUCAAAUUACUAAUUUACAAGCAGAAAUGAAAGAUAAAAAGAAGGAAUUAGAUAGAUUGUUAGCAGAAAAGGAUAGUUCUAAUACUACUAAUAAACCAAGUGAUAAAAUUGUUCUUUAUAUAGUGAGUGGAGUAAUUGGAGUAGUUUUAAUUUUUGAUAUUAAAAAAACUGAAGCUGAAUGGUUGCUAAAUCAUGGCAAUAACAACGGACAAUUAAAAAAAGAAUACGAAGACUAUUCAAUUUCAAGAUGA